AUGGGCAACACGAUUUCGAUGUUCUUCCCUCCGUCUCCCACAUUCGUGGAGACCGAUGUACCGAAUCAAGCAGGACGAGUUUUUAUCGUCACAGGAGGCUAUUCUGGGGUUGGCUAUGAGCUGAGCCGCAUGAUAUGGCAACGCGGCGGUACUGUCUACAUCGCAGGCCGAGAUGAAGUCAAGGCGCGAGAAGCCAUCUCUGCCAUUGAGAAAGAUACAACGACAGAUUCAAUCGCGGGCGGCUUGCGAUUCUUGAAAGUAGCCCUCGAUGACUUUGUCAGUAUCAAGGCUGCAGCCGACAAGUUCUUGGCGGAAGAGCAACGCCUCGAUGGACUUUUCAAUAACGCUGGGGUCUCCAAUCCUCCCGCCGGCUGGGUAUCAGCGCAAGGUCAUGAAAUGCAGCUCGCAACCAACUGCCUCGGGCCCUACUUUCUCACGAAGCUUCUAAGUCCGCUCCUUAUCUCAACAGCCAGUUCCACCAAAACAAAUGGGUCGGUUCGUGUUCUAUUCACCACUUCAAUCGCCACGCAACUCGGCGCACCAGAGGGCGGGAUAGAUGUGAACACAUUUCUCACGCCGACAAAUGAUCAGCAGGUCAACUACGCCCUCUCAAAGACAUGCAAUUGGUUUCUAGCAGACCAUUUUGCCAAAGAGCUGGGUCCUCGCGGUAUUGUCAGUUUGGUCCUGAAUCCGGGAAACCUGAAGACCCCACUUCUUCGUCACUUCCACUGGGGUGUCGGGGCUUUGGUCUCACCCCUGCUGUAUCAUCCUCGAUUCGGAGCUUACACAAACCUCUGGGCUGGUUUUUCGCCAGACGUUACGCUCGAGGAUGGGGGGCGGUGGGUUGAGCCAUGGGGUCGAUUCCACCCAAACCCUCGCGCAGACAUCAUCAAUGCGAUGAAAACCAAGGAGGAAGGGGGGACAGGGCAGGAAGCCGCACUGAUCGAAUUUUGCGAGACGGCCAUAUCUGACUAUUCUUGA